GCGGCGUAUCCAGGGCCCGUCCCCGCCACCCGGUCCCGGUGCGCGCUGCGGACUCGAGCGCCCCCUGGCGGCCAGACCCGAGAGGGCGCCGCGGAGGUCGGUGCUGCCCGUUUACGCGACACUCGCGGCGGCCCGGGUGCCCCGCGCGCGGCCACGGACCCUGCGGCGGCGGCCAGGCUACGGCUCGGGGGAGGCGCUGAUGGGGGGUCUGGGCCAGCGGAGUCGGGUGCAGCCGCUAUUGGGCCGCACAGAGCGGACCCCGGGAACUGUGAACGCCGAUUGGUUCAGCUGGGCCGGAAGUGCCUCCGCAGCGGGCUGGACCGACGGCACUCACACGCCGGGGCCGCCGCUCAUUGGGCCGGGGCCGGGGGCGUGGCCAGGCCCGCGCGGGGAUUGGGCGCGGGAGCGGCAGAGGCGGCACCGGCGCGGGGAUUGGGCGCGGGCACCCGCCGCGGCGGAGCGCGGACGUUCAAGGCCCGCGCGGGCUGCAUGGGGCGGCGGCGGCGCCGGGCGGACCUGGCGGACGCGGCUGGGGCUCUGCCCGAGGCCAUCGCCGCGCUGAGCCGCUCGCUGCCCGCCGGGCCCAGCCCCGAGAUCUUCCGCCGCGCCAAGUUCGACCGUCCGGAAGCGGCGCCCGCACUCUGGCGGCUGCUCUUCCGCGUGCUCUCGCUGCUGCGGGCUGACCGCGCCUCGGCCUCGCGCGCCCCGGAGGCCCAGGCCCGUUGGGUGAAGGCGGCGCUGCGCGCCCAGGGCUACCCCCGGCUCGGGCUGGCUCGGCUCCCCGAGGACGGGUCCCAGGGCAGCCGCGAGCUGCUCCUGGCCCUCGCCUGGCUCCUGGCCCGGGAGCCCCUGCCCGAGCGGCUGCUGGCCCAGACCCGCGUGCGGCUGGGCGACGAGAUGCCUGUGUGUGAGUGUGGGGCCCUGGCCAGCCCUGGCCAGCCUGCACCGCGGGUGGACGCCGCCGGCCCUGUGGACGUACGCCACCUGCAGUGGCUGAUGGGAAAGCUGCGAUUUCGGUGGCGAAACUUGAUGGCCAGUCAGCAGGAGCAGUGCGCCCUCCUGGGCAAGAUCCACGCGUACACCCGUGGCUGCCACGGCGACCGCAGCCUCGGCCACCUGUCUGUCGCCGAAACGGAGCUGCUCAGGGACCCGGAGGGCGGCCGGCAGGUCAGGGCUGGUGCUUGCGGUGGUAGGGACCUGUUCUUGUCUGCCAAGAUCGCCAUCUUGCCUGUGUGUGGGGGGCCUCUCCCACCCCUGGGCCACCCCGGGGCAGGAAUGCAGACCCGCUCAUGUUGCCUGGUGAUGGGGACGCCUGAGCGGCCUGCCCUCUGGUUUGCGCUGCAGCUGCUGCAGAGGCUGGAGAGCGAGAACGCCCGCCUAGAGGCUGUGCUGGAGUGGCGGCGGCGGGAGCUGGUCUUCUGGCAGUGGAUGGACACGGUCCUGGGGGCCUGCCCCCCGGAGGCCUCACAGCCCACGUUCCCGCCCGGUCUCCGAGGGCGUGGGCGCAGGGCCGGGGCAUGGGGCCCGGUGGCGUGGGAGCUGCAGGCCCUGCAGGAGGAGCUCCAGGCGGCAGUGGGAGCCCGGCGGGCGGCCUGGGCAGCCAGGGUCGGAGGCCAGGGGCCGGAGUGGAGCGCCGCGCGGCAGGCCGCACAGGAGGCCGUGGGCCAGGAGCUGGCAGCCCUGCGGCAGGCCUGGGCGCGAGGCGGGGGCGGGGGCCGGGCCCAGCCCCACGGGCCCCACCGGCUGGUGAGGACCGAGGCUGGGGGGCCAGGGGGCCCGGGCCUGCGGGCUGCUGAGGUGAUCGGGGCGCUGAGGAGCCGGGAGGCCUGCCUGGAGGAGACGCUGCGCCAGCUCCAGGAGCAGUGCCGGCAGCAGCUGGCCAGGCUGGCGGGAGCCCUGCCCGGCCUCAUCUGGAUCCCGCCGCCCAGACGCUGAGGCCCUGCUGCGUGGCCGUGGGGCCCACGGAGGAGCAGCACCCCGAGCUCCGGCCCCGGCCCCUCCAUGCUUUGGACAGAGCUCAGCCCCUUGGCACCAGUAGCGGGAGCGGCAUGGUCGUCCCCCCGCCCGGGUCAGGACACGUCCAGCGCGGGGGCCGUGGGCUUGGUGGGUCGAGCGAGGACUCAGAAGUACAUGCAGAGACCUCCCUGCAGGGCCCAGCUAAAGGCCGUCCCUGUCUGGACACGGGUGGGGAGGGACCCUGGGCAGUGGGGGCCAGAGGGGCCGGGCGUUGGAGCGACAGGUGUGGCCUGUAGCCCGGUGGUGCCAGGGCCCUGGGGGCAGGCAUUGCCCUGGGCGCCCCCUGGCUGUCUGCUGUCCCUCAUCCUGGCUGCCAUGCCACCUGGGCCGGGCCUGCGCCUGGUGUUUGUGGGGGCGCGUGGGAGCUGGGGUGGGGGCAGCGC